AUGAACGAUUUAAAUCUUUUGUUUAAAAUAAUUGAAUUUCUACCAUGUGCAUUCGGUGAUUUAGGUUGGAAUACAACAGGCAUUACUGUAAUCAGUUCACCACCAAAUAUGGGAGCUUCGGGUGUAUUCGUUGGCUUAGAUGGUACUCUAUAUUCUGUGGAUGAGAAUAGUAAUUUCGUUGUAUGGAAACUAUUAAAUAAUGCUGUAAAUGUAACAAUCGCAGCUGGAUUGUAUCAGUCACAAGGAUCUAAUAGUUCUCAGCUCAAUUAUCCAAAUGAUAUUUAUGUUGAUAAAUCUGGAAAUAUAUAUGUAAGUGAUUCUAGCAAUCAACGAAUACAAAAGUUCAGUAAUGGCUCAAACAUUGGUGUCACUAUCGCUGGCGUAACUGGAGCAGCUAGCUCUGCAUUAAAUCAAUUCAAUACUCCACGAUAUUUUACUUUUGAUGCUACAGAAACAUAUAUGUAUAUUGCUGACUAUAAUUGUCAUCGAAUUAUACGCCAUUCGACGAAUGAAACUAGCGGUACUAAUGGCGUUAUUAUCACAGGUGGAACUGGGCAAUAUAAUCAAAACACAUCGUUGAACGGACCAUGGGGUAUUCAUUAUUUGCCCUCUAUAAGCAAUGAUCUAUUUAUAACAAACAACGGUGGACAUUCAGUAAUACGUUGGACACUUGGUGCUACUUCAGGCACUUUCGUUGCUGGUACGCCGGGUGUAUCAGGUUCCAAUUCUACUCUCUUAAAUCAACCGAUGGGUAUUAAAAUUGAUUCUUAUUUGAACAUGUUCAUUGUUGACUCUGGUAACCAUAGAGUACAAAUGUUUUGUGCAAAUAAUCAAACUGGCAUCACCAUUGUUGGAACUGGUGUCGCUGGUAGUAGCGCCAUGCAAUUAAAUGGACCAAGAGGUAUUGUAUUCGAUUCUGCAAUGAAUAUGUACAUUGGAGAUUUCAAUAACCAUCGUGUUCAGAAAUUUAUCAAGCUCAACACAGCGGCAACAUCGACUACAAAUUUCACAAGUGCGUGGAACUCUACAGGCAUCACUGUUGCUGGUGAUGCUGGUGGUUCGUCAGGCACAGCCGCCAAUCGUUUUAAUGGGCCUUAUGUUUUGAGAUUUGAUUCUUCAAAUGCUCUCAUUAUCU